AUUCGAAGAUCGAUUUUUUUUAUAAGUUGCGCGUUAAUAAAUUUUAAAGAACUUUUAGUUAUAAAUAAAUUAAUUUACUGUUCAAUGGCUGAAACGUUACAAAAACCUUCUGUAAAAUCCAGUGAAACCGUAUAUAUUGACGAGGUGAAUGGCUCUGACGAAACCUCUACUGGAACUCAGAAUGCACCCUAUAAAACGGCUGUUCGUGCUCUUCAGGUAAAAGGUGAUAAUAUAAGCAUCCUAGUCCGAAAAACUCCCGAAGAAGGAUACAAAGACAUAUCGGGUACUGCUUUGAAAAAGGCGAAGAAGAGAGUUGAAGAAUUGGCAAAAAAGGCCAAAAAAGAGGAUGAAAAAAAGAAAGCGGAAGCUGAAAAGGUAAAACUUCAACGAGAAGAAGAAGAAAGAAAAUUGGAAGAAGCAAAAAAAAUCGUUCUUAAGCAAGAUCCUAAUCUUCCACUAGCCAUAAAGAUAAAAAUUCGGCAAUCGGUUGCUAGUCGUGGAAAACGCGUUAAAGUGUCCGGAUGGGUUCAUCGCCUUCGCACACAAGGAAAGGAUAUGAAAUUUAUAGUUCUGAGAGAUGGCUCUGGUUAUCUUCAAUGCCUUCUUACCGGAGAAUUGUGUCAUACAUAUGAUGCGUUGAUUUUAUCCCUCGAAUCAACUGUUACAAUUUAUGGAGUCAUAUCAGAAUUGCCUGCUGGGAAAACGGCACCUGAUAAUCACGAGCUUCUCGCUGAUUAUUGGGAAGUUAAUCAUCAUGCACCAGGUGGCGAUGAUGCAUUUACUAACAAACUUAAUGCUGAUGCAGAUCCAUCAAUAUUAUAUGAACAACGCCAUCUUGUUAUUCGAGGAGAAACUGCAUCUGCCGUGUUAAAGGCUCGAUCUGCAAUUAUGAAGGCGUUUCGCGAUCAUUUCGAUAGUAAAGGUUUUACAGAAGUUAAUCCUCCUUGUAUGGUCCAAACUCAAGUCGAGGGCGGGAGUACAUUGUUCGAAAUGAAUUACUAUGGUGAAAAGGCAUAUCUUACACAAACCUCUCAACUAUACCUCGAAACAUGUCUCCCAUCACUUGGAGAUGUAUAUUGUAUUUCAGAAUCUUAUCGUGCUGAGAAAUCACAUACCCGUCGUCAUUUAUCUGAGUAUUCCCAUUUGGAAGCUGAGAUGGCUUUUAUCACAUUUGAUGAUUUGUUGGAUACUUUGGAAGAUUUGAUUUGCGAUACGGUUGAUCGUGUUCUUGCAAAUGAAACGACUCGCAAAUUAGUUUAUCAACUUCACCCAGACUUUGUACCUCCUCAGCGUCCUUUUUUACGUAUGGACUAUAAAGAUGCGAUUCAAUACCUCAAAGACCAUAACAUAAAAAAAGAAAAUGGUAGUUUUUAUGAAUUUGGUGAAGAUAUUCCGGAAUUUCCUGAGCGUACUAUGACAGAUCAAAUCAAUAAACCAAUUUUCCUUUGUAGAUUUCCCGCUGAGAUAAAAGCAUUUUAUAUGAAACGAUGCGCUGAAGAUAAUCGUGUAACAGAAAGUGUGGACGUUUUGAUUCCUGGUGUAGGAGAAGUUGUUGGUGGCAGUAUGAGAAUUUCAGACAUGAAUGAAUUGUUAGCGGGAUAUAAGAGAGAAGGAAUUAAUCCUACACCUUAUUAUUGGUAUACAGACCAACGAAAAUAUGGUACAACUGAACAUGGAGGUUUUGGAUUAGGUGUUGAGCGCUUUUUGGCUUGGUUAUUACAUCGUGAUAAUGUGAAAGAAUGUUGUUUAUACCCAAGAUUUAUGGGACGUUGUUUACCCUGAAAUACAAUUUAUUAAAAUAUAUUUGUAAUAUUAUAUUUUGAAAAUAAAAUUUAGUUACUCAUUAAAUAAAUACUGCUUAUUGUAUACUCCUAAUAUAUAAGCCGCAGGGUGGGUGUUCAAUGAAACUCUACUAGAAUUUAAAAUUUAAUAAUUU